AUGAGUGUGCAAGACCUGAGGAUAACGACUGUGAUGAAAAUGCUGACUGUAUUGACACUGAUGAUAUACGUCUGUCAGUGUAAGACGGGAUUCUUCGAUGAAAACACGGAUCCAGCUAAAACUGGACGAGUCUGCAUUGGCCUUGUCAUCGAUCGACCACAAGAAAAUGAGAAGACCACGCUGUCGCCAAAUCUUGUCCCAUGCGGCAACACCUACUGCAGAGUUGAUCUUCGUGAGGUCCCAAUUGUUGUUCGAGUUAUUGAUUUUGAUGGUGAACCGCUACAGUACUCCAUCGACUACAGUAAACCAAAUAGUCCUGAACAUGUCCAGAUCGUUGAUACUGUUGUCAAGGGUCUUGGUGAUGUAUUCAAGCAGACCGACGUAGCACCACGCUACAUCACUACCGAUAUAAAUUACAUCACAAAUCCUAAGGUUGAAAACAGGGCAUCUAUGAUUGGUGGACAUGCAGAUUUUCCUGUUGGGUAG